AACUACCGUACUUCAACGUUAUGUAUGUGGGUGAAGUCUUUGCCGCUGAAUGUGGAUCGCCAAGAAUUACCAAUCUUUUGACUAAUAUUACAACGAACAAUGGCUAGCACCAGCCAGGCAGACAUGAUCGCGCAACAGUUUGUGCACCAUUACUACCAAAAAUUUGAUACAGAUAGAUCUCAACUUCAGUCUUUAUAUACACCUGCAAGUGUAAUGUGUUUUGAAGGUAGCGUGUGUCAAGGAAAUGAGCAAAUAGGCAAAAAGCUGGUAUCUUUGCCAUUUCAGAAGGUGGCCCAUGUCGUAACUGUAAUGGAUAGUCUAUUGAUAGAAGAGUCCAAACUUCUUAUUUCUGUCAUUGGACAAUUAAAGACGGAUGAUGAUCCUCCGCAUGGCUUUGCCCAGACUUUCAUAUUAGCACCAGUUGGGGACAACCUCAUGGUUUUUCAUGAUAUAUUCAGACUACUUGUUCAUAAUAUGUGAAAGAUAUGCUGUCCAACUGUGUACAUUUAUGUUUUUGUAGGCUUUAUUAUCAUUUGAAUUUUCAUUUUAACGAACAUGUGUUUGACUACAUUUUUUUUUCAUUUAAAAGUAAAACUAGCUGUGUAAGAAGAACCUAUUUAAUAUACAGGCCUAUAAACAAUGCUACUUUAUUAAAGUUACAUAACUGCCGUGUCUGCUUUUCAUUAUUGAGGGUUCAGAUUAUAUAAUGCUAGUGGGAACAUGGGGGGGUGUAUGUUCUCAAGUUUAGAAGAAAAAAGGUAGAUUUACAAUUGUCAACCAACCGUCGGAUAUCAUAUUUCCUUCUAAAACAUACAUUGGGUGAUUCCAACAACAUUGUGAGAUGUGAUCUUUCUCUGAUUUCAAAGUUUUUGAAAGUUCUAUGUGACUUAAUUGGACUGGACUUCCAUUGGUAUUGAAGGCUACGUGUAUAAAGCUGCUGCAAUUGUAAAUAGUACAGACAUGUACAAUCUAUCAAACCAUCAAAUGUAUGAGGGGGUCUGAUCGACUUUGUAAUGGGGCAUGCUAAACAAAUUCUGUUGGAUCUCUUUAUUUUAUUUGUUUGAUGAAUAUGAAUUUCUUGCUCUUCCCAAAGUACAUGAUUUUGUAUCAAUUUCUUAUGUAUUGAUUUUUUUUGUAUCUAUGUUAAAUCCUUUGUCUGUUAUACAUGCAGUAUGCACCGAUCUUUGAAGCUUAAUAUUGGAAAAAAGGGUUUGGUUUUUUCGGAUGAGGAUUGAUAUACAGGUUUUAAAAAAUCAGAGUUAUAGAUUAGUAAUUCACACCUUGGGGCUUACAAAUAUUUGUAUUUGAAUUGUGCUACUUUCGAUAUUUCUCACAUUUUUGAAUUCUUACUAGAACAUGUAACAUUUCAUUUAUUCAGAUUGAGUAAUUACAUGUACGUAAUUAUAAUUGUUACACAUUAUUGACUCUUUGAAUA